AUGGCAAUGGCUCUGUCGGGUCUCCUCGAGUUCCCGAUCGCAAUACCCCCCUCUGCGAUCUACCACCUGCGCGAUGACCGCGAGUCUCCUGACCCAUUAGAUACCAUCUCGCCGGCUCCGACCAAUAUUUCUACCAGACCGCGGUCCAGGGCAUCUGCCCACGCGUCCGAAACUGAGACAAAGUCCCUGAAGUCUCCAUCGACCACUCGCAGCACCCGACACAGUAACCCCAACAAGACUGAGUCCGCGAACAUAGUCAAGGAAGAACAAGAAUCGGGGGCGCAGCCGACCAUAAAAAGCCCGGUCAUUGAGACUCGGUCGCAUCAGAAGCGCAGGAGUGAUCUUGACCUUCUGGAGAAUGAGCCUGUGCCCGUGACGACAGGAUCAGAGAGGCGAUCUUUGCGCUCAGCAGACUCCGGUUCUCGCAAGAGCGAACUCGCUCAAUACUUCUAUAACUAUGAACAGAUCAUCAGUCUCGAUCCAUCAAAACCUGGUAGGACUAGUUCUUCACCCCCGAGACGAUCAUUGACUGACACCUACGAAGUAGAAACACUUGCGGCCAACACAAUUGUUACAUUAAUAGAUGACCUCUCCGAACCAUUACCUUUGCCUUCAACUCCAGAUCCCAUGCCUUUUGGGAAUCCUUUACAGAAGCUCUACAAUUGUGAGGUGAUCAAACUUCCGAUUCCCGACUCACAAUCCGAGGAUGAUCCCCUCGGCGAAGAAUUAUAUUUCCGUGCGCAUCGCCGGUUUGAACGCCAGGAGAAACAAUUACGCAACAUUGAGCGAGAUCGUGCACAGCACGAAAAGCAGCAAGUAGACCGUUUACUUGAGGAACUACGCGGCCAAGAUUGGCUGCGUGUAAUGGGACUACCCGGCGUCCACGAAAGCGAGAAGAAACUCUACGAGCCAAAACGCCAGAUCCUCAUCCAAGAACUAGUCGCCCUGCUCAACAAGUUUCAAGUCUGGAAAGACGAGGAGAGGCGACGAAAGCUGGCCAAGGAAAAGCCAGCUCCGUCUGCAGAUGUGGAAGCCGAGUCUCGACGUCCACGGAAGCGAUCACGCCCAGCCGAAGAAGCCGAGGAAAGCUCUCUUUCACCUGGCAUUCCACCCAGUACUCCUGAUCCUAGUGACGUGGAUGCAUGGGCUGCACGCCAGUUACAUCAAGAAGCCCGCUCGGCUUCGGAUUCGGCGGCUAAAAGCCGGAAAUCGAUCAAGCCCAAGUCCGGGGCUGUAGAUGAGGAUGAUGGAAAACAUCCAACCGAUAAAAACUCUACUAUGAGACCAAAAGCCCAUGACCCUACCUUUUCUUCCCCACCCACUGAUCCUGUCCCUUUCUUCCUUCCUCCACCCGAUGACAAGCCCUUUACCUCUUUCUUCUCCGACCCCGAAGCACGCGAAGCUGCCCUUUCUGCAACAACAGAGGGCCGAGAGGAACGCACAAGCCCUAUUCUGGCAUUCGGUCAACCCAUUCCCAAACUAGCUGAAUGGGAAUUUCAACCACCAGAGGAACUUCUAACAGAAGAAGCUAUCCAGGCUUCACGACGACAGCGACGCUUGCUGAAACGGCGAAGCCAUGGGUGA